GUUUAGCCGAAUUUGUAAGCUAGACACAGACGGCAGACCAACGUGUACCUCAUGUCAACCUGGUUAUACUGGCAGGAACUGUGAAAGGUAUGUGGAUAAUUCUUCUGAGCCCCGUUUCUGAGAGACAUUUCUUUCUUUCCUUUUUAAUGUAUGUUGUUGGCUUGCUUGUUGCUGUUGUUUUUUUGUUGUUGCUGCCCAGCGGCGUAGCCAGCAUUUUUGUAUAGCGGGGUUCUUUAUGUGGUAUUUUCGUCUAGAUUGAUAAUCGAGCCGAGGAGGGCAUGGGGUAUAAGGCAUUCCGCGGAAAAUUUUAAUAUUUUAGGUCUUUAGAAAUUCCGUUUUGUGAUUCUGAGCACAAAUUUCCAUUAACAGUGCCAAAUUUAAAAGCUACCAUUUUUUGCUUUCAGUGAAGAAAUAGUGUGAUAGACUAAAAAAUGUAUAUGUUGGUGAUCGUUGAAUACAUUAAAACACACAUUGUAGUCUUGUGAUUUGCCGUUUACUCAGUAAGCAUAUUAGCAAGAAGGAGACAUCAUGGAUGCUUCCGUGCAAGGGUGUCGAUUGUCGGACUUAGGCCAAUUUGCGUAAUACAGUGUCAUCAGAGCAAAGGCAGCGGAAACUUCUGCUGUUGGGUUUAUUUUAACGUUUUCGGUGCAAAGUUCUUUAAAAGAGCUUGCAUGAGGCAACGUAUAGUUGAGUCGAUUCCAGUGACUCUUGCUGACUGGCUGUUUCGUUGUAGCUGUCCAGCUUGGAAAAAAUGCCUUGUUCAGUGGUGACGGUCUCUUGGAAUUCCCAUCAUCGACCAUGCGAGGACCGAGGUGAGGUUUUUUUCUUUGGUGUUCAGUGAACCUUCUGAGAGAAAAUUUCUCACCAUCAGGAGAAUUUUACGACUGUUAUAAUACAAAAUGAGCGCCCAAUUUAUUUCCAUCCUGGUAUUUUAUAGCCGAAAUACCUUAUAAUCCACAGUGCAAUGUUUACGGCUUUGAGCAUGCAUGCGUCCAUUUUUUUUUACAGAUCGACAACACCUGACUAUAUGUCACUUGAGAUAAAAACAGAAGCUCAAAAUGGUGUAAUCCUCUGGCAAGGAGAGGUAAAAUAGAGUGUUGUAAGGAGUUCGGCCAACAGAGAUUGUUUAUAACUUAUGCCUGAUAACCCGAUGACCAGAAAAGACAUCCAUCUACUUUGCCACAUUCAGUUCUGAGCUUUUUCUUAAUUAUUAAAAGAUUGUAAGAACAAAACCUUUUUUCUAAAACACUUCCGUAUCUCUUUGCCAACGCGUUCGUGUAUAUUUCACACACACAGGCCCCUUGCAUUACGAACAGUUCCCUUGAUCUGUAAGGCAUCAAGCAACAAAUACAUACCUCAUGUUCUCACCCGGAUCAAUUCGGUGUCCCUAUGAAAAAUGUUUCUUCUUGCUCCUUCCAGAGAAGAGACCACUUUGCAAUCGGAUUAAGAGACGGAUUUCUGGAGUUCAGGUAAUUAUUUUAGGACUCUUGACGGCCCAACAACUGGUCUCUUUCUAAAAUUUUGUAUUCUUUGCUUUCAGAGUAAAAACACCCAUACAUGUAUGUGACCACCAAAAAUUUCCCAAAGUUUGGGGUCGCUAAUGGGAGCUGGUCGCAUAUAAGACUCUGACGCAUCUGAAUGUCGCUAAAAUUGCCUCUGAAAUAUGUAAUGCACUAAAAAACAUAGACAAUAUACACGUAUUAAAAGAAUAUAUUUCGCUACAUCAAAGUACUGAUGGAUCACAUAACCCACUUCACAUCCGGGGGCAGUAAAAUAAUAGGGAGAUUAAGCAAAAGCGUUUUUGAGUGACGCACGUCAAUCGAAGCUAAAAAAUGGUAUUGCUUUGCGUCUUUUUCUCAUAUUGAUGAUUUUGCUGAGAAUUUGGGCAAAAACACUGAUUAAAAGUAGUUAACUAUGAAAUUGAAUGAAGCACAUCCUCGGUUAAAUUUGUUACACAUUAAUCCUUGAUCACUGAUCUACAUAAAAAAAUAAGGGGACGAGUCCCCGGGCCCCUCCCCGGAUCCGCUACUGCAAAUAACCAGGAACUAAAUAUAUCGGCCCCUACCCUGAGAAUACUUUAAAAUCAUGUUAACAAAUCAGUUACGUCUUUCGUAGAUUUGAACUCGGUUCUGGGCCCGCUGUACUACAAUCCCUGUCUCCAGUCAACGACAGCCAAUGGCACUCCAUCAAGGUUUACAGGUAAGAAACUUUUUCAACUACAAUCUUGAAAUAAUAGUUCCUAGAUCUCCGUAUUCUCGAUUCGUUACAUUUGAGGAACAAGGAAGGGCCCAAGAAUAAACCCCCCGACUGUCAACCAUGAAUAAAAUUUUAAUCAGUUAUUGAUUUUGGCCUCUAUAUAAUAUGAAGCAGCACUGACUGCCUGACGUCAUUCAUAAGUUAUUUUAAUUAUUAGAUUAGUGACUUUUGUCGUUUUAAUUUUGUAGGAGUUUCAGUGAGGGUUCCCUUAAAGUUGAUUAUGAUGAUCACGUAAAUGGCACCUCAGCUGAGGGAAGCAAAGGGCUGAAUAUUAACCAAGGGUAUAACAUAUUUAUGGGUAAGUGCAUUGUAUAUCCUUAUCUUAUCAGUCAUCCCUACGAUCAGAAUGGGCAGUCAGAAAUAUAUGGAUUUCAUAUAUUUUAAUUGCGGGAAGAAGAAACAAAUGGAGACAAGAUAAUACAUAACUCCAACCCUGACCUCUGCGGUACCGGUGCAGUGCUCUUACCUAUUAAGCUACCAAGCAAACUGGGUGUGGAUAGUCCGUUAGUAUCAUCUAAAAGUCUACCUCCUUCGUCAGUGUUCAGGAUGAUCAAGGUCUUUUUCUCAUUUGAACAGGAUAUUAUAGCCUGUAUUAUCUUUAUGUUUUUUCCUUUUAUUUCCAAUAGGAGGCGGUGACAAUAUCGCAAAAAUGACACAUGCGAAGUUUAAUACUGGUUUUAGCGGUUGUAUAAAGAAUAUAUUUUUCAAGGACAGAGGCAUUGACUUCCAGGGUGACGCUAUUCGCGGCUGGAAUGUCCUACCGUGCGACAGCGAUGAGGUAGAGCCAUGA